UCGAUGCAACGAAGAAGACGAUUUAAUGUUUAAAAGAUGAAUCGGAGAGUACAGUUUGUCUAUUUUAUCAAGCGUGACAGUUCUGUUUGUAUUGUGAUAUAAUUUUUGUGCGUGUAAUCCAAAUUUUGGCGUGAUUCUAUUUAGUAUGAACAGACCUUUUCUAGCAUACAAAUACAUCAAUGAGACAGCAUCCGUGUUCUAACUGGUUUUAAAAAUGGGCCGUGAUAUAAUGUAGAAUUAUUGCUCGUGCUCCUACCAGUUGUGUAUCGACCACCAGCGGGGAAAGAUUAAAGUUGACAAUUCUGCAUGAAGAUCUGUACAAAGUUAUUUGUUUCUGGCACAGUAGUAGACACUUUAAAAUAGUGCGAACAAUCUUAAACAAGUUUCCGUUCUUUGAAUAUAAAUUUUUUGUGUACAAAUCAGAAGGAUCAAUUUGGAGGAUCGAAGGAUCGUUCAAAAUCAGAAGGAUAACAUUAUUUUGUGACAACAAAAUCUUUUAUUUCUUCGAGAAUCGUGGUGCAACGAUUGGGGAUAAUGUUAUGCAAAAGUAUUAUUCGUUUCUCGUGUUACUUUACGAGAAACAUUCGCAGAGACUUCCAUGUAUCCAUCAAUCCUUUUCAGGAGAUAAUCAAGAAAACUGGUAACACGACGCCUAUCAACACAGAGAAAGCAAUUAAAUUGCCACGGAUAUUAAUUACAGGAAUGCACAACGUCAUCGAGUUAGCGAAGCAAUAUAAGCUGAGGAUCUUCAUACCGUCGACGAUCGGCGCAUUUGGUCCUGACUCACCGAGAAAUCCCACCCCAAAUGUCACGGUGCAACGACCACGUACGAUUUACGGUGUCAGCAAGGUUCACGCCGAGCUCUUAGGAGAAUAUUAUCAUUAUCGCUUCGGCCUGGACUUCCGAUGUCUUCGAUUCCCCGGUGUAAUCAGCAGCGAUCCCCCUGGCGGCGGUACCACCGAUUAUGCUGUAGCAGUAUUUCACGAGGGGCUGUUAAAUAAAAGAUACGAGUGCUAUUUAGAGCCUCACACAAGACUACCGAUGAUAUACAUCGAAGAUUGUUUGUCGGCGCUUUUUCAGUUUCUGAAUACACCUAACGAAUUAUUGCGAAGACGAGUUUACAAUGUUACAGCCAUGAGUUUCACACCCGAGGAGCUGUUCAACGAGCUCUUGAAAUAUGUACCAGAUUUGAAAAUUACUUAUAAGCCAGAUAAACGGCAGCAUAUCGCGGAAAGCUGGCCGCAAGUUUUUGACGAUAGCGAAGCACGGCGAGAUUGGGGAUGGCAGCACAAAUAUGAUCUACAGAGGCUGGUGGAGUCAAUGGUACAGGACGUUAGCACAAAUUUUCUACCGAAAUAUCGAUUAAAAGAGGUCAAUAGCUAUGUAUAAUUUUUAUGCAAUUAUAUAUAAUAAUGUAGCUAUUGAUUUUUUUCUAAUUAAUGUACGCUUUGCGAGCUUUCGUAUAUUACGACUUCAAUAUAUUCAUUGGCACUUCCUAUCAAAGCUCUUCGAUUUAAAAGUUAAUAAUUAAUAUAAUUAUGUAAAAAUAUAUUUGAAAUAUUUUUAUAUAUAAACGAAACUAAUAAGAGAUAUAGAGACGACAUGUAGCUAUAGAUAUGUUCAAAUACAUAGCCCAAUACUAUUUUGUUACAUA